CCCUGGACUUUUCGCUGAGCAGCUGAAGCCGAGGGAUCUCCCGCAUUGGUGUCCCCUGACAAGCGGCACAAUGUUCGGCAGCCUGCUCAGAGACUUCGAGGAGGACCCCUUCUUCUCGGACCCGUUCACCGCUCACCAAGAGCAUGUGAGACAGAUGAUGAGAAGUUUCUCUGAUCCCUUUGGAAGAGAUCCAUUCUUCAGUAUCACAGAUGGCAGAACUCGGGGUCACAGGGGGCGACCGGGGUCCCAGGUGGCCCUGAGAGAAGAUCACAGGGCUUCAAGUCUUUCCCAUAUGCCUUCAGCCAGUUUUACUGACCUGAACACAGACCUCAGGGACUCUUUCCACUCCGUUGACAAUAUGAUGGCAAACAUGCGGAACAGGAUGAUUGAUAUGCACAGACACUUUGAAGGAUUGUCAGACAGACCAGACAUUCAUUCAUUUAGCUCUUCUUCGGUGACUACCUACUCCAAGACUGGAGAUGAACCCCCAAAGAUUUUCCAAGCGACCAGUCAGACACGCAAAGCCCCAGGUGGUAUCAAAGAGAUAAAGAAAUCUGUCAAAGAUUCAGAGAGUGGGUUUGAAAAAUUGGCCAUCGGACAUCACAUCAAUGAUCGAGCCCACGUCAUCAAGCAGUCAAAGAACAAUAAAACAGGGGAUCAAGAAGUCAACCAGGAAUUCAUCAAUCUAGAUGAAUCGGAAGCGCUAUCAUUCAAUAAUGAGUGGGAACAAGAGAUUUCCAAGUUCAAGCCGUCUGGAGAAAUGCCUUCAUUAGAAGCUCCAAAACAUAAAACCCACUACAGAACCAAAAUAGGACCUCCAGAUGUAAAGAAGAGGUGAGAGGGAGCGGUGCAUUUCCAAAAAGGUCAUUUAGAAGUUGAAAUGCGUCAAGGGAAAGCAUCUGUUGCAUUAGCUAUCAAUAAUAAAUAAAUAAUUGAUACGUGCACAUUUAUUUGGUUCUGCAUUUUUUUCAUUGUGCGCAGUCAGGAUGGCUGCUGAUUGACUGCAUUUGCCUUACUUGAACAAAACCAGGUAAUGGGCAAGAACUGGGUCUAUAAAGUGCCAGGUGUCAUGGAUAUCUGGGCAAGCCAAGAUUUCCUGCCAUUACAUGAAUGUUGCACACCCUCAGCUGUAAAUCUAAUUGUUGGGUGAAGAUCUUGUUAUUGCGGUUUGUAUUCUAUGUUAAUGCAGUUAUUUGGCUAUAUAAAGGUGAACCUCUAUCCUAUUACUUUUUUUUUUUUUUUUGUAAAUACAUAACCCUAUAUUUUAAUAAAGCUACAACCUUUACACACUA